UCCGUCUUCAUGCAGAGUCCCUGGAACUACGAGGACCUCGACGAGCCCAUGCAGUUCAACGGCAAACACUGGGAGCGUGGCAUAGAAACCGACGUGUGGGUUGGCGUCAAGAAGAAUCCGCAUCUCCAGCUUAAAGAAAAUUACGUUUGGUAUUUCGCCUCGCCUUUGACCAAUGAAAUAUUAGGGCGCCAAGGGCCUAAACUACCAAGCCUCCCAACACUCGACAAGGUUCCAGUAAAAAUGGAGAAAUACAUUUCACUGAUGGAGGGGCUACCGCACGUCAUCUACAAUAUCUACGACUACAACUCCGAGAUACCUCACACACACAAGCAUGACGUGUCGCUCUGCUUCUCGCCCAGUCAGAUGAGGCACUUCAAGUUCGAUCUCCCGGCCAACUCGCUCAACAAAACCUUUUAUCUCAGAGAGAACGUCAAGUACGCGGCGAUGCAGACGCUCGCCACGACGGCCAAAGUAUCGCCCAUAAGAAUCAAUCGCCUGGAGCUGAACGAGACAGCUACGGCCCUGGAGGUGACGUUCACCGUCCUGGAGAAGCCGUCGAUCGUGGGAGACGUUCCGGGCGCCGGGAUGGACAGCAGCAUGGCCGAGGCGGUGGAGCUCAUCCGGGACACCCUCGACUCCUCUCAACUGGUCGUCCACGUCAAGUUCGGCUUAGGAACCGGCGGCCUGUUCUUCGACGAGAAACUGGUGGGCUUACCGGGGACGCUUCGGGAGAUCGACCGAGACGAUGGCUUCAUUCGCGGGAAGGAAACCCUCGUCGGUUACACGUCAGGUGACAUGGCGGGGCUGGCCAUCGGCAUGAUUAUCCUGGGCGGCUUAGUAGGCUACGGAGCAAUUUACUUCUACCUAAAGAAGCAGUAGCUCUUCUAUGGAAUGGAAGUAUUUCGGAA